GCCCGUUUCUCUCCUUUUCGACGCUGGUCAAGAUGGCAGCCGGUACCUUGUACACGUGGAAGGACAAUUUCCGGGCCCACAAAAUUCUUAUCGCUGCAAAAUACAGCCAGUUCAAGCUGAAAGUAUGCUGCGACGCUCCAGACUUUGUAUUCGGUGUCACCAACAGCUCCCAGAGCUUUCUCGAGAAGUUCCCGCUCGGCAAGGUACCGGCAUUUGAGACGUCCGACGGGCAAGUAAUCACCGAAAGCAAUGCCAUCGCCUUUUACGUGUCGAACGACCAGCUUCGCGGCAAGAACCUGCUGGAGCAGGCGCAAGUUGUCCAGUUUCUCAGUUUCGCCGACUGCGAAAUUCUGCCGCCAGCUUGCACGUGGGUGUUCCCAUGCCUCGGCGCCAUCCAGUACAACAAGCAGGCUACGGAGCGCGCCAAGGAAGACGUGAAGAAAAUCCUGUCGUACCUCAACACGCACCUGCUGUCGAAGACCUACCUCGUGGGUGAGCGCAUCUCUCUUGCUGACAUAGCAGUUUUCACGGCGCUCUUGCCGCUGUACAAGCUAGUGCUGGAGCCCGCCUUCCGCGCCCCGUAUGCAAACGUCAACCGAUGGUUCGACACUCUUGCACACCAGCCCGAGUUCCAGGCUGUUCUGGGAGAGGUCCAGUUGUGUCAGAAGAUGGCCCAGUUUGACGCCAACCUCUACGCGGAGAUCCAAGGCAAGGCUGGAAAGGGUGCGGCAGCAACCAAAAAAACUGAAAAGAAGGAAGCAAAGCCGAAAGAGGAGCCCAAACCCAAAGCCGCCCCUGAGCCAGAAGACGAUUUGGAACCGGCUUUAGCAGAACCUCCGAAGAAAGAUCCUUUCGAGGUAUUCCCCAAAGGCACUUUCAACAUGGAUGAUUUCAAACGCUGCUACUCGAAUGAGAGUGAAACAGUCUCCGUCCCAUACUUCUGGGAGAAAUUUGACAAGGAGCACUACAGCAUCUGGUACAGUGAGUACAAGUACCCUGAUGAGCUUACUCAGGUAUUCAUGAGCUGCAACUUGAUUUCGGGAAUGUUCCAGCGCCUGGACAAGAUGCGGAAGCACGCAUUUGCCAGUGUCAUUCUCUUUGGCGAAGACAACAACAGUAGCAUUUCUGGCAUAUGGGUUUGGAGGGGACACGAAUUGGCGUUCAAACUUUCAGAAGACUGGCAAGUCGACUACGAGUCAUACGACUGGAAGAAGCUGGAUGCUGAUGCACCGGAGACAAAGAAGCUUGUUGAUGAAUACUUCAAGUGGGAUGGAGACUUUGGUGGCAAGAAGUUCAACCAAGGCAAAAUCUUCAAGUGAGCCUCUGGCACACAUAUGAUGCUGAGCUUGUGUCUGCCUGCAGAUGUCUCAAGGCUCUUUUGUUUG